CGAUGAAGUGCUCAUUAUUGGUUAUUGGAGAGAAUGAUAUAUGACGCUUACAAAAAAGAGCGAUAGUAUGUCGCUUGCGUAACAAGUUUUCUAAAGGCAUUCAAAUACAUACAAAAUUUAACUGUCUCUGUGGCGUAAAGAACUACUGUUUGUAUAUUUGUAAGCCAAUCAAUCAUUCGGUCUUAUUUUAUCUUACAUGGCAUUUACUUUCUAUCAUGAUGGCAAAUCGUACAAACAAUGGUAUAAAUGCAAUAGCCGAUGAUAAGCGCAAGCCCAAGUAGGGAAUCUUAACUGUUACAACAAUACAUUUCCGUUAGCGGUCAUGUUUUCUGUUAAAAUUUCUCAACACAUAAAAUGACGCAUUUAUUUGUUCGCCAAAUACCGUUUGGAGUGUCAAAAAUGCUUUAUCAGCGUGGUCACCGCGUGCUGAUAAGGAGCAUAAAAAACCGGUAUCGUUUAUCGUGAAUAGGUUACGUCGAGUGCUUACGUUUGCAUGCGCGUCAUUUACAAGUUGGGAACAGCAGUGCGAUGUUGGCGCGUCCAUAUCAACGUUCAACACUCUGUGUUAUCGGCAUAUUUGUUGUAUUUUAUUAUUUAUACUGUAAGCUCUACGUGUUUCCUUUUGUAAGUGUGGCAACUAACUAAAAUGAAUUUAGAAAACAACUUCUACAAUAUAUUUCAAUCCACUGAUGCAAGAAAGUUUGUGUGCGCGUAUUUUCAUUUCAACGAUUCUAUAUUUGUUUGGAAGUAUGCAUUGUAGGCGUCUGACGCAAGUGGGCGCGCCACUAUGGAAUUUUUGUAGAAAUGACGCGAGACACCCACGCGGCGGCUAUACCGCGCUGCUUAGCGCGCGCGCAUUUUAUGGAAAAGUGAAUGCGCUUUGAGAAAAUUCAGAAACGAAAAUGAAAACGUGCAGUAAAGUGAAUUUUCGCCUAUUUUUAUAUGUGGAUGUGUAGCAGAAGUAUUUACAAAGCAAAUAAUCCACGCGUCAUUAAUAUACAAAAUGCCAAAACCUCAGCGCUCAGGCUGGCUAAAGGAGACAUAUUGUUUGGCUUUUAUUUUGCUAUAUAUUUCAAUUAAUUUUGUGCUUUGUGCUUUACUGUUGUCCAUGUUUUAUUUUUCAUUUCUCCGACACAUUUGUUAGACUAAAAAUAGCGCGAAACAUCUCAUCAAAAUUCGAAUUAAUAUAAAGCAUGUGCUACAUUUACAAGUCGAACGCGCUCGCGAUACCACUUUCGUGCAUAAGGCGUGGAAAUGAAAGUCCUCAGAAGAGUUGCGCCGCUUUUCGGUUUAGUAUUUUGCUCGCUUUUGCGCGUCCAGUCGGAAUGGGUUACAAAUGCUGCGCGCUGAACAACUUUGAGUGAUAAAUAGCAACUAUUUUCAAAUACCUAGUGCAAUGAUAUCAACAAGUGUUUUUUCAAAAGUGUUCAUUCAUUUUGUUUCACAAGUGUGAAUAGAUAACAAUAAAAGUAAUCGAUAUAUUAGGGUGUGUUAAAUUUAUGAAUGAUACGCAUGUAUAUAUAUUGUACGCGAAUUCGUGAUAAAAAUUGUGUGUUAUGUUUCGCUCUGGUUUUUAAUAGAUGAAAUUAGGUGAAAUACACUCAAAAUCAAAUUUGACUCGUAAUGGUCUAUUUAAACUGUGCGCGUUAACCGAAUCAAUAAAGAAUUUUUGGUUGGAAUGGUAAAACCUUUUUUAUCUCCGUAUGUUAAUUAGUGUGUGUUUAGCUGCUGUUUAUUUACGAUGGCAAAAUUUUGUCUGGCGAUUUUUAUAUAUUGGGUCAAUAGACUCACGAAGCAGAUAUUUCAGUUUCGAGAACCAAAAAAAGUUACAGGGAGGCAAAUCUGGCGAAUGCGCUGUCUAAGCGAUGACGUGUUUGGCCAAAAAGUCAGACACAAUCAUGCUAGAAUCGGACGAUGCAAUCACGUCUUUUGUUACGAGUCAGAUUGUUCGGUCGAGAUAUUGAAAUUGUCUGCUAUCUUUCUGAUGCUUAGAAGACGGUUAUCAACUACUACUACUACACUAUUGUUUUUAACUUUUAGUAUUUUAUCGUCAAUAAACGAGGUUGGUUAAUGACUCGCAUGAGGCAAGUUAUCGAUAGCGUCAUAACGUUCACUUAAUGUGCCACAUAAAAACACACCUGCAUAAUACAUAUUGGCGAUAUGGACUUUAUAAACCAUUUUAGUCUGCCUUUCGUUAGUUUUUAAAAUCUCUAGUUUUUCCUUAACAAUUUCCAAAAUUGAUUUUGACUUCUCAAGUAAUUUUCCAAGAUCUUUGGAAACUGUUUUGGUCAAAUCAUUGUUAUAUAUUGAAAUAUAGUGUCAUUAUAAGCACGCCUAUCUCCUGAAAUACGGUAAAAUUAUAAUAAAAAUAGUUUUUGAAGGGUUGCCAAUGUGACGCCUUUAAAUCGAGUGAAAUUUUCCGAUCCCUUAGAGAAAUAAAUAAACUUUGCUGUAUAUUCAUCUUCGAAAAUGUGUAUGCUCCAAAAGUAAACAAUUUAUAAUAAUUUGGAAUCUUAUAGUUUUUAAAAAUCUUAAAUAUUAAAUGAUAUCGAAUUAACAUGUUUGUAACCGUAGUAAAAAGAACAACCCUACUAAAUAAACCGAUAUUAUUCAAUUGGUUAUUACGGCAAUAAUAAUCAAUAACGUUGUCGCAAAUAUAGCAAAAAAAAAACACACACACAUGAAUUAUUAAAAAACCUUGCCUGAGGCAGCAGCACGAGUAAUCACAAUAAAAACAAAAAACAGCAAGCCUAAACACACAACAAACACAAACGCGUCUGCCCAAGAAAGCCAACGAUAAUUAAAUAGUAAUGUCCGUGAGAAAAAUGUCAGCUUUGCUUUUGUUGGAAUGACCAAAGUUGCUUAAGAACCGCAAAUGACAAGUAGACAGUAGAAAAAAGAAAGCUUAACAAGCGUGCGUUCGACCAGUUAAGCAACAACGGCGCGCGCGAUACGUAGCAUAUGCACAGGCGCUUGUGCAAUAAAAAUCAAAGGCGUAUUAAGAAAUCGGUCUAGUGAAGUGUUGAAAAAUAAUUAAAAUUUUUUAGGGAAUUUCUAUAAAAUUAAUUAUUAUUAUUUAAUUAUUAAUCUGCGCUGAAAAAAGAAUUUAAUCAGUGAAGAAAUGCUAUCGAGCAAUGGCAAUCAAGCGCAGUAUGCGUACUUUCUGCUGUCGGCCGCAGUGGCAUUAGCCAUCAUUAUACUCGCCUACGUGUCAGUGCGCACAACACUUGACUCAAAAUUGCGCGAAGAUCUAAGCUCUCUACAAAAAUCCUACAUUUAUAUAAAACCAUCAUGGGGAUACAACAAUUCUUGGCGGCAAAUAGGCAGCAAGGAAAAACAUUUGAUUUAUUCAGCAUACUUCGAUGAUCGAUUGGAUGUGAUCGAAACAAUAAACGACCACAAGACGAAGGUGCCAAUAGGCACUUUGCGUAUUAUCGCCAUUUUACCACGAGAAUUUAAAGAGGCCAUAACCUGCACCAUCAGAUUCGAGGACUUUGUUGAUAAAAGCGUCCCAAUUGGAAAAGUGCAACCAUUGAACGAACAUCAUGACUACAAGUACGCGGCUUACUCCAUUAUGUGCCCACUCUAUGUAAAUCGUAACAGCACUACAAUUCAUCUGCCACAAUCGGUUGCGAUUUCUUAUCCCUCCAACAGGCUAAGCCAACUGAGUCCGACAUUUGUACCGAUCAACUACCCGCGCGAUAUAGACCAAUUGUUCGCCAGAUCACGUCCGCUGGUCUCGGUGUGCGUCGGGCCGCUGCAACAAAACUAUUCGGAUGUGUUGCGCGUCGCUGAAUUCGUCGAAAUGUAUCGCAUACUCGGCGCUCGACACUUCUACUUCUAUCAUCUCUCCGCUAGCGACGAAGUGAUGCGUCUAUUACGGUAUUAUCAAAGUGAAGGCAUCAUCGAUGUGCUGCAAUGGAAUGUGCCCGCUGAACUGCUAUCUCAGGUGCAUUACGCGGGAAUUAUGGCACAAAUCAACGAUUGUGUAUAUCGCGCUAUGGUUGUGGACAACUAUCGAUAUGCAGCCACUGUUGAUCUGGACGAGAUACUUAUACCAUUGAAACACAAUUCGCUGGCGUUUUUUCUGCGGCAAUGCGAUGAGGGACGUACCUCGGCGUAUGUCUUUCGUAAUGUUUUCUUCUUUAAGCUCGACAGUAACGACAGCUUCAGUCUGCCGGCUCACACGCAUAAUCGUUUCCUUUACACACAAAUGAAGGUGCGUCGCACUUUGGAGGUUAUGCCCACACAUCAGCGCAGCAAAUGCAUUGUGAAUACACAGUCCAUUAUCGAAAUGGGUAAUCAUUUUGUAUGGCGCAGUGUACCGGGUUAUACGGAGACGACUCUGCCCCUAAGUGUGGGUCUACUAUUCCAUUACCGCGAUCAGUGUAUCAACUGCAAGGCUCCACUGAUGGUCGACUACACGGCACGUCGAUUCGGUUCGUUGAUUUGGGAUCGUGUGGACGAGACUUGCGGCCAAGUGUUUACCGAAAGUGGCAUAUGCGUGACGUAGGGCCUGCAGAUAAAGUAAACAUGCCAAUACAAACAAAUGGAAGACUUGAAAAAAUUUAGUGUUCUUAGCUCUAAGAUAGUACAAUAGAUUCGUAUAUUUAUAGUCAGUUUUAUAUACAAUAACUAAGCUUUAAGUAAAAUAGUACCUAAAGAAAUAAUUAUAAAUUAAUAAUAGAAAAAUAUAUAAAAGAACAAAAGAUAUUUGACC